ACCCGGGCAACGCGGUCCCGGGCCCGUGCAACCCGGAGCCACGCUUCCGACCGAAAUGUCUGCGCCACGCCCCUGGGCGGUCCUGGGGGACGCCGGGUGACCCGGCUGCCCGCUUCCCCGCUCGGGCCUCCGACCUUCUCCCCCCACCCAUCCUCCAGGAGCGUGGCUCGGGCACAGAGGCGGCCCCAGGCCUCGAGCCCCAGGGCGCGCACCCGCCGAGGGCUGCCCGAGCCCGGCCGGGCCGCCGCGUGCUCUCCCGUUCUUGGUUUUUGCAGAGGCUGAAAUUUGGGUUGAGUCAAACUCGGGACCUCCGCGAAGAGGAGCCUUUGGGGUUGUUUUUCUGGUUUUUCUGUUUUCCAAAAUGGCAGCCUCCAGCCGCGCACAAGUGUUAGAUCUGUACCGGGCGAUGCUGAGAGAGAGCAAGCGUUUCAGCUCCUACAACUACAGAACCUAUGCUGUCAGAAGGAUAAGAGAUGCCUUCAGAGAAAAUAAAAACGUAAAGGAUCCGGUAGAAAUUCAAACCCUAGUGAAUAAAGCCAAAAGAGACCUUGGGAUAAUCCGUCGACAGGUCCAUAUCAGCCAACUGUACACGACGGACAAGCUGGUCAUCGAGAGUCAAGAGAAGCCCAGGACCUAAGGAGCUGGGGACCAGGCACAUGAGAGACGCCAGCCACCUUCCGCAUCACCCUGCGCGGGCUGGGGCCCCCACGCCAGCUGAAGUAGCCUCUUGGCCUGCUUGCCGUGUAGCAGCUGAUAAACUGAGUCACAUUUCCAUCUUGUUUCAGCCUUGGGGUGGAAGGGUGGCUGCCCUGGUCGGGCCGAGUGGCAGAAUGGAAAGCUGGAGGUGGCUCGGUGAUGCUGUGUAUCACCGGGUCUGCGCCCCGCCCGCCCCGCCCUGUGCCUCCUCCACCUUUGUGUAGUUCACUUGCAGACUUUGGUUCUGGGUCCUUGACAAUAAACAGAAUCAUCUCCCUCUUUCCACACCGAA